CUUGAAAGGUCCGCAACGCAUCGACUAAGGGGGUCGUGUUUGGUUUUUUUUUUGUUCAAAUUUUUGUUUAUAGAUUUUUUUUUUUUUUAUUCUCCGUUUUAAGCAUAUCCUGGGUUAGUCGAGACAGAAUUGACGGGUUUUUUUGUUGUUGAAGAACAGUCAUGAUUAGAAAGUUAUAAUGAAGUGACAAGUUGUCAGGGAAGACAGUAUGACAUUUCCGCCGAGAAAACGCAAGGGCGCGAAUAGUAGUUGUGGAUAAAUGGUUUUCGGUCAUUGAAAUUUGUGCCAAGUUAAUAUGAGUGAAUAUCGGUUGACCGCAAUGGCCAUAGCCGUUUUUUUAACGGUGGCGGUAACAGUUGUUUGCGAAACACAGACAGCGGAAAAAAAUUUACAAUUCGAGGCUGCAUUUCAGGGUCGUUGUGCUAUUGACAGCCCGUGUCAACAACUCUGCUACGAAUUACACGACGGCAUUAUUGAGUGCGACUGUAAAACAGGAUUUACGUUACACGAAGACGGCUAUACUUGCACAAAAAACGAUUCGGUGACGGACAAGAUCAAAGAGUUUGAAAGGGACAUUGGACUGACGUUCAUCGACUCUAAUGACAUUGACUCGGAGGACAGCGUUAGGUUCGUCAAACCGUCGGGUCUUACUUCCACUACGGGCAAACCGGCCAAGUGCACCCGUCAAUGUGGCGAGGGUGCUUGUGUCUUUGACAGCCAUGGCAAACAGGCUUGCCGUUGUCCCUUUGGCAAAACAGGAUCCAACUGCCAAACGACUAAUCCAAUCAGAUAUCCACGGUUUAACGGCCUUGGUUGGCUGGCGUUCCCGCCACUUCGUGGGGCCUACAAGCACGUGCAAAUUAGCUUAGAGUUCAGGCCAGAGAGCUGGGACGGCAUAUUGUUCCUAGCUGGCGAACGAGACGAUUUGGUUGGAGAUUUCAUGGCGAUUCUGCUUCACAACGGUUUCUUGGAGUUCAGAUUCGACUGUGGAUCCGGAUUGGGAGUAGUCAAGUCCGAAGAGACGGUCGUUUUGAACGAGUGGAACACAUUGUCUGUAUACCGGCACAGGUGGGACGCGUGGAUUCAAUUGAACCAAGGAAAACGCAUUGCUGGCAGGUCCAAAGGCUUAUUUUCACGGAUCACGUUUCGCGAACCCGUGUUCAUAGGUGGUUCGGGAAAUACAUCCGGUUUGUCCGAACGUUUACCCACUGACCGUGGGUUCGUCGGCUGCGUUCGACUGCUGCAGGCCAACGACCAUAGAUACGAUUUUGGCGAGGCACCAGCCGGUGAUACGGUCAAAUCUCGAGGAGUCGAGGAAUGUUCGACGGACAGGUGCACCAGAUCUCCUUGUCAGCACGGUGGAAAAUGCGUUACAUCAAACAAGACGUCACUCUGUCUAUGUCCACUGGGAUACACCGGAGAUUUGUGCGAGACUAUAUUGGAUUUACAGGUGCCGUCUUUCAAUGGAUCCAGUUAUUUGAGGCAUCCAGCUUUGGGCGAUACAGCUUUGUCGUGGCUCAAUUUGGACAUAUCGUUCAAAACUCAAUCAUCAGAUGGACUCAUAUUGUACGAAGGAUAUCAAAAAUAUGGAACAGCAGAUUUCAUAAGCAUUUACAUGAUCGGCGGUUACUUAGAAUUCGCGUAUAACCUAGGCACGGGAACGGCUUUUUUAAGGAGCACAAAGCCAAUUACUUUGGAUGAGUGGCACCGAGUGUGGAUAUCGCGAACGGGACGACUAGCAGUCAUGCACAUGGACAAUCAACCGCAAGUACAAGCCAUGUCACCGGGAGCGUUCACUCAGCUGUCGUUACCUCUGAGCAUGUACAUCGGAGGCAUACCGGAUUUCGGAGUGGUGCCGCCGGACGUGAAAACCAGAGCUUCGUUUAAGGGCUGCAUUCAAAAAAUAGUGGUCAACGAAAAACAAUUGCGAAUCGUACAGGGUGCGCUUUCGGGGGCAAACAUCGCUAACUGUCCUCAUCCAUGCGUGGCAAAACCUUGUGGUACAGGUGUUCAGUGCAUUCCUGUAUUCGACAAAUACAAGUGCGUUUGUGACAAACACUGCAAUUCGACCGAGAGCGACCAAGUGUCGUUCGACGGUAGCUCGUUCGUCCAUUACACCAGUGCGGAAAUACAGAAGAGAAUCACGGAUGAACAUCUGGACAUAAACAUGCGAUUCCGAACGACGGCCCUCAGCGGUCUCAUACUGUGGACUGGACGAUCAGACAGGUCAGCCGAUUUCCUUGCAUUGGGCUUACAGGACGGUCGUAUCGAGGUGGCUUUCGAUUUAGGAAGCGGUGAAACGGUGUUGAGGUAUAACACAACCGGGUUGCCAAUAAACGACGGGCACUGGCACAGAAUGAAGUUCACCAGAGACGAACGCCUAAGUGCGUUAACAAUAGACAAUGGAACUAAAAUGUUUACCAUAUCCAACGGAAAAUUAAAACAACUCAACACGAAUACGGGCCUGUAUUUCGGCGGUACUGAAGAUGUCGAAAAGUCUACGGGGAAAAGGUACAGAAAAGGAUUUGUCGGUUGCGUUUCCGACUUAGUCCUGAACACGGAUUACCGAGUAAAACUUUCUUGGACCACUGGCGGUACAGAAAAUGUUUGCAUAUCAUAAAAAGUAAUAUGAACGGAUACGGUUCCUUAUUCCUUCUCUCUCGCACUCGCGCGUUGUGUGUAUGUAAGUGUGUACCUUGAGCUUAAUACUGUUUAAAUAAAAAAGAGAUUUUCAUACUCGAAUAACAAUAAAUAUUGAAUUGGUGUCCUAACGUUUGGAAACUACUAUCUAGUCAUAUUUAGUUCAAAUUAUUUAAAUAAAUACCGCCUUGUCUUUAUACGUAUUUAAUUAUGUGUACCUAUAUGUAUAUGCAGGGUAUCCCAUGCUGUUUUGAUAAAUGAGAAAAUUUGUGUUCUGUUCAAUGUUUUUAGCUGGCUGGUUAGUUCUUUGUAAUGGACAUUAAAAAUUGUAUUUUAAUACUGUUAAUUGUAAGUGUAUAUACAUAUGAGCUCCUAUUGUAUAAUUGUUAUUACAACAACUUAAUACAUUUUAAAUUUAUACCAUAUAUGCAAAAUUAAAAACAGCUAUUUAGCUUGAGAAUGAUCUAUUGAAAUUUUGCAGACAUAAACUAUAGGCUCUACAAGUUAUUAUGGUUUAAAAUAUAACACUUCAAAAUAUGAGCAAAUGAAGGAAAUCGGUGCUUACAACACUAGCUAGUAGCUAUAAAAAAUUCACCCAAAUUAUUAAAGGAAUAAAUGGUUUUACGACUGUAACAUUUUCAGUCUGUUUUAGGUUAUAGAGGAUUUACUCGCAUAAAUAGCUAGUUAAAAUUUGGCAAGCUAAACAGCCAACUGUCAGAGUUUCAAAACCAAUAUUAAAUUACAUAAUUGCGAUGCCAGAGUAUGAUACUCAUCCUUAUGUAAAUAAUUACUAUGUGUAUUUUGGAAAAACAGCAUGGGAGGUCCUGUAUAUAUACAUUUUUUUUAAAUUUAUAUUAUGUAAAAAAAAUCACACUUCACUAUAUGUUUGUGUAACAAUUGAUAUUAAUUUAAAUGUUGUUUAUAUAAUUUGAAAUAAUACCUUUAAGUACCUUAAUGCAAUUGAUUUGACUGUCCGAAUUCAAAACUACAUAUUAUAAUAAACUUGUUUUUAUAAUCGUGAAAUCUAAAAAAAGAAGACGUGGAAAUUUAACAUAUCACUCGUGUUAUAAAAUAUGUUUUUAAGAGAAACUAUUAAGGAUUUCGACGGUAUAAUGAAUACAAUUCACCGUACAAAGAGGUCUUUGUCAUCCUGAUUUAUCUGCAAAGUUUCCAUACAAUAAUACUUUACUCAGCUAAAGCAAGUUAUAAAAAAAAUGAACAAAUUUCUCGACCAUAAUAAUAUUAUUAUAGAAAUACCUACCCUUGUGUUAAUCGAUACGUUUUGAAAUUGGACUAGUCAUAAUUUCAUAAUAGUCAAUUUGUUUUAUUCGAUUGGUUUUAUUUACAACAAAAAACUGUUCUAAGAAAAUAUUUUUCUACGUACUUGUGAGCUUUUUUUUGUGUAACCACCCUUUUUUUGUCAUCCAAUUACUUUAUUUAAUUAAAACAAUAUACAUUUGCGCGCGAAUCAUAGUUUAGCUAAACAAAUUAUUAAAUAAUUUAAUUUACAAGGUGUUUACGUACAUAUCUUAAAUUUAGAAACAACUGUAGACAAUAAUCAUUAAAAUUAUUUAUUAUUAGAGCUCUAUUAUAUUGUAAUCACUAAUUAUAUGCAUAAAAUCAUGUGUGUAUCUAAAAUCAUUUU